GCCGCAAAGUGGCCACAGCUCCAAGGGCCCCUCGUGAAUGCUCUGUGGGAUAACUUGCUCCACUACCUAACUUCGCUGCCCACGACGAGUGACGCCAGCUGCAACUCCUUGAGGUCCGGACAACACCUAUCCAACCUCCCCGAGGCAGCAGGCAGCAGCGUCAGAUAUUCGCGGAACACCACCCAUUUUCCACUUUCUUGCCAGAGCCGUCCCUCACACAUCCAUAAGCGCACUAUCGUUCGCAUCAGUCUCUUGCCAUGGCCGACUCCGUCCCUGCGGCCCUGAGACAGGCCGACGUCAACAUCUGGAAGUGCGCCACGAAGGCGGCGCAGCUCCGGACGGUCAAGCCCAUCAUGGCAUAUUGGUGCGACUAUUGGGCCGUGAAUCAGAUCCUGGCCAAGCAGCUGCACACCUCCGAUCAGGACAUCCUGGCCUACACGACAGCCUCGGUCGAGAAGUUGGAGCAGACCAAGUCCGACUAUGCGAACGAAGACGCCGUUACAGACGAUGCGGCCGGGCAAGCAUACGUUGAGCAGUUCGCGCAGGAAACGCUCGAUCGAGCCGAGCGGGCCGUGAGGGCAAACCGAGUCACGCAGUAUGUCUGUAGGUCUCUUGUGAUGCUUGGGGAGCCUACGCUGACGGGGGUUCCGGGCGUCAGGCAAACCGCGACAACGUUUGAUGCGGCAGCGACUUUCUUCCACGUCGCCAACAUCUGGGGGCCUGUCGAUCAGGAGACGCAGCAGAAGAUCAAGUACGCAAAAUGGAAUGCGGCGCGGAUUAUCAAGGCGAUAAAAGAGGGCAAGGACCCGAACGAGUCAAAUCCGAAGCACGAGCAGCCCGCGCCGGGGGAGUUGGAUCCGCACGACCCAGCCGUUCAGAGCUUGGGCGGCGCGCCGUCGACCACGAUCUCCAGGCGAGCCACGGUGGAAGACGUCCCUGAUGUAGACCUGGCUAGGGAUGCCGCCGGCGUCUCGCUGCCGCAAAAUCCCGUUUCGGCCGGGCCCUCGCCGGUCUCCGACGGCGGGCUCCAGCUCCCCGGCGUUCCCACGGAUCUCGGUCAGCCCGCGGAGCCCGGGCAUUUCUCUUCAGAGCCGACCUUGCCCCCACCGCCCCAACAGCUUAAUCAAUUUCAGGCGCCGCCUGAUCUUCCGCCACCACCAACUGGCUGGACGCCGUCGCAGCCGAGCCCGACGACCAGCUCCCCGCCGGCCUCAUGGUCACACACCGCCGCGAACCCGCCGCCUGGGCCCGGGUUUCACCACCAACCCCCAGCUCCGCCGACAGCGCCCUCAACCUUCUCCACGAACGCCCCGCCCACUGCUGCUGUGGCGUCACCGCCAGUCAACCCGCCAACCGAUACCCCUGGCAUCAACAUGGCUCCGACAGCGACCACUGCGGGGCCGACAGCACCACCUCCCUUGUCUGGAACGUUUACGACCAACGAGGCGGCGAUGGUCGAGGCGCAGAAGCAUGCAAAAUGGGCCAUUUCCGCGCUCAACUUUGAGGACGUGCCCACCGCGGUGAGGGAGCUGCGCAGAGCGCUGGACCUGUUACAAAACACACGGUGAACGGUGAUACGAGAUAGGUAAUGACAAUGAAUAAUUUUUAUGGGACGCCAGCGUGGGGGUGUUCGAAUGACACCUGCUGUCUCAAGAAAUACGUUUCUCAGGGUCCCGUUGUUCCCAAAGCCAGGUUUUGUCCGUCCUACCACCAGCCUCAAUCAUCGGCAGGUUGGUUCCCCGGCACUGUCUCACAGCGUCUCGCG